CGUGAGGGAGGACAGAGGCCACGCCCUUUCCGCGGUACCGGAGCGCGCGCGGCGGCUCCGAAACCCCAGAACCGAACCCGGGACCCCCAGAACCGAAACCGGGACCCCAAAACCGAACCCGGGACCCCCAGAACCGACCCCGGGACCCCAAAACCGAUCCCGAACCCCGCCAUGGACCCAGACCCGGACCCGGACCCGAAUCCCGGAGCCGCCACCGACCCGGCACCGGCAGCGGCAGCGGCAGCGGCAGCGGGGGGGAAGCGGCGGCGGUUCACGGUUCGGCAGGAGAGUCCCGACGAAGCCCCGGUCCCGUCGCUCUUCAGAGCCUCCUCUGCGCCCCCCCCGGGCCCGGUGCCGGUUCGGGAUCCGGUGCCGGUUCCGAUCCCGCCCGGUCCCGGUUCUUACGCUGAGUUCGUGGUGAGGGGCUCGGGGGCCACCGGGAAGGACCGGGACCAAAACCGGGAUCAGAACCGGGACCAAAACCGGGAUCAGAACCGGGAGCGGGACCGGGAUCAGAGCCAGAACCGGGAGCGGGAUGAGAGCCGGGAUCAGAACCGGGACCGGGAUCCCGGAGCCACCGGAACCGCCCCCUCGGGACCCCUCCCGGGACCUUCAGGACCCCUCCUGACCCCCGGGGACCGGGACCGGGACCAGAACCGGGACCAGAACCGGGACCGGGCUCAGCCUCAGGAGGUGCCGGCCCUGCCCGUGCUCAAACCGGGCACCAAGAGCAGCAGCAUCAUCGUCAGCCCGCGACAGCGCGGCAACCCCGUGCUCCGGUUCAUCCGUAACGUCCCUUGGGAGUUCGGGGACGUCGGCCCCGACUUCGUCCUGGGCACCUCCAGCUGCGCCCUCUUCCUCAGCCUCAGGUACCACCACCUGCACCCCGGGUACAUCCACGAGCGGCUGCGGGCGCUGGGGCGGAGCUUCGGCCUCCAGGUGCUGCUGCUGCAGGUGGACGUGCGUGACCCCCAGCAGUCCCUCAAGGACCUGGCCAAGGUUUGUCUGCUCACGGACUGCACCCUGCUGCUGGCAUGGAGCCCGGAGGAGGCCGGCCGUUACCUGGAGACCUUCAAGUCCUACGAGCAGAAGCCCCCGGACCUGCUGAAGGAGCGCGUGGAGCAGGACUUCCUGUCCCGGGUGACCGACUGCCUGACCAGCGUCAAAUCCGUCAACAGGACGGACGCCCUGAGCCUGCUGGGGACCUUCGGGUCGCUGGCGGCCGUGGUGGGGGCGUCACGGGAGGAUCUGUCCCUGUGUCCUGGCGUGGGGCCACAGAAGGCCAAGCGUCUCUUCGAUGUCCUGCACGAGCCUUUCGUCAAGACGCCGCGAUGAGACCCAAAACCCUCAAAAAUCAGCCCAAAAACCCCACAAAAAUUCCCGCAAAAUCCCCAAGAUCCCCAAACCCACCAAAAAUAAAAAAAAAAUCCCCCAAAAUUCAUCAAAAAUCCCCCAAAAUAUUGCCCAAAAAUCCCCCAAAACCCAAAAAUCGCCCAAAAAUUCCCUCAAGACCCAAAAAAUCCCCCAACCUCCCCCCUUAAAAAUCCCAAAAAAACCCCCAAAAAUCCCCCUUAAAAAUGCCUUUAAAAUCCCAAAAAUCCCCCUUAAAAAUCCCUAAAAAAACCCCAAAAUCCCCCCAAAAAAUCCCUAAAAAAACUCCA